AUGGCGUGCUCGCAGAGAAUGGUCUUAAUUGGGAUUCUGCUCCUGCUACGGUCUUUCGCCUCAAGCGAAUCCCUUCCAUACUCCUACAACGAUGACCUCACUUCCUUUAUAACGCGCCCAGAGUUGAAAGCACCUAAAUUUAUUGUGAAUGCCUCACAGAGUGAUCAGAUUAGCCCUGGAUUUUGGUUUGUCACUCCGUACAAGAAUUCGACCCCAGACUACCAAACGUCGCGAUGGGAGCCAUGCCAAGUAGGGCCUCAUAUAUUCGACAAUUCAGGGGAGUUGGUCUGGUCUGGGGCGUGUAUGUUCGAAAACAGGAACGCUUUUGACUUUAAAACUGUGGACAUCGGUGGUGAAACCCAUCUUUCGUUGGUACUCGGUUACAGAGAAAAGCCCUAUAUGAAAGGAAAAGGUGUAAUCCUGAACCAAAAUUAUGAGAUAACGAAUGAACUUUCGACCAGUGAUGAUUUCGAUGAUUUCAAUUUCCAUGAAUUCACUGUUUCAGGCCAAGAACUGUCUGCAUUGCAUCUCAGAGAGUCAAUGAUAUUCCACAACUACACAGAUGAUGCAGGGAUCAGAAAAGAGCUUUGGAGUGUUCACGGAGGCUUUCGAGAGAUCGAUAUUCAAUCGGGAGACACAAUCUUUCGAUGGGACUCGGUUGGCAAAGUCAAACACGAUGAAAGUUCUAAGCAUUGGGAGCGCAGAAACAAAACCACUCUGGUCUGGGAUUUUAUGCACAUAAACGCUGUUGAUAAGAACAAAGAGGGAGAUUACUUGGUCUCUGUUCGACACACUGAUACGAUAUACAAAGUAUCGGGGAAAGACGGCUCAAUCAUCUGGCGACUGGGGGGAAGAUACUCCGACUUCAUCUCCGACUUUAGGUUCUCUCGGCAGCACCACACGCGCUGGCUAAGCACAAACGAAACACAUGCUACGAUAUCAUUCUUGGACAAUGCAUCGGAUCUUGAAUUCCAGAUCGCAAAUGUCUCAAGUGGCUUUAUUGUCAGUCUUCAUACCGCUGCUUCUCCAAUGACUGCAACCUUGAUCGAACGGUAUGAUCGACCAGACGAAAGUCUCACGCGAUUAAGAGGCUCAGUCCAGAUUCUACCUAAUGACAAUGUUCUCGUUAGCUGGAGCAAGCAAGGGUACAUGAGUGAAUUUACACGUCGUGGCCGGAGUAUCAUGGAUGCUUCUUUUGCCUCGAAGCGUUUCAACACCUACCGCGCCUUCAAAUCCAAUUUCACUGGCUUCCCGUCCGAACAGCCAGUUCUGAAAGCUUUUACAUACGGAGUCGGCGCAUCCUCGGCCGUGACGAUAGCUUUUGUCAGCUGGAAUGGCGCAACUGAAGUACGAUCGUGGAAUUUCUAUGAUGGUAGCACGCAGGCGUCCAUUGAGGCUCCGGUGGGCAAUAUUAAAAAAGAUGGGUUUGAGACCUUGUUCACAUUCAAUGGUUUGCUCGAGAAUGUUUGGGCAGAAGCCUUGGAUGCAGAUGGCCGAUCGCUAGGUAAGACGAGCGUGGAGAAUACUGCUAUCCCGGCUACCUUCGGACACUACAUGGAGCAUCAAAAUGUGCAUCAGGAAGGGACUCAGAUGGUUGGCUCCGAAUUUCGCUGGGUAACUUCAAACACAUAUGUAUCCCCUGCCCCGUUGAUUUUUCUGAUGAGUGGCGGCGUGUUGCUGUACAUCACCUUCAAGCAUCGUCACAUGUUUAGGUGGCUCUUACGGUAG